AUGGAUAGAUGUGCCUUUCAUGCAUUGUGUAACAUGCUUAAACGGGUUGGAAGGUUAGAACCAAGUAGGAAUAUGGGUGUGGAAGUAAUGGUUGCCAUGUUUUUACAUAUUAUAGCACAUGACGUCAAAAUUAGAGUAAUAAAAAGACAAUUUGUGAGAUCUGAAGAAACAAUUAGUAGGAGGUUUAAUGAUGUAUUGCUUGCUAUUUUGAGAUGUCAUAAUCUCUUACUGAAGAAACCUCAACCAUUUAGCCAGGAUAAAAUGGAUGAACGAUGGAAAUGGUCUAAGGAUUGCCUAGGAGCCUUAGAUGGUACUCAUAUCAAAGUCAAUGUCCUUGAGGCUGAUAAGCCUAGAUAUCGAAACAGAAAAGGUGACAUAGCAAGCAAUGUGCUUGGAGUGGUUGCUCCCGAUAUGCAAUUUAUCUACGUACUGGCGGGCUGUGAGGGUUCAGCUGCGGAUUCUAGGGUAUUGCGAGAUGCACUAUUUCGCAAUGGGUUUAGUGUUCCCCAAGCUAGGAAUGUCAUUGAAAGGGCAUUUGGAGUAUUGAAAGCAAGAUGGGGAAUUUUAAGAGGAAGAUCAUUUUAUCCUAUUAAGACUCAAGGAAGAAUUAUAACUGCUUGUUGCCUUUUGCAUAAUCAUAUUAGAAGAGUGAUGGUUGUGGAUCCUAUUGAUGAGAUAGAAGAUCAAAAUAUACUUGGAGUAGAUGGUGAGACGAUCCACCAUAUUGAGACGAGUGAUGCUUGGGGUAGAUGGAGAGAUCAACUUGCACAAGAAAUGUGGAACCAAUGGAGGAGAAAACAUCACGCUCGAUAA